GCGGUGACAGCCGCGGGGAGGGGGCGGGAGAAGAGAGGCGGCUUGGCUCUAGCUUGGUGCUUAGCUCCGCUCUGCCUCCGGCUCUGCGCUCACCUACUGCCCAAGGCUCCUGCUCCUGCCCCAGGACCCGCAGCGGGACCCCAGUACAUCCCAGACAGCCCCAACCCAGACAGCGUGCAACGCCGCCAGGGGGCGCCGUGUGAGCGCCCUAUCUUGGCCACCCGGCGCCCCCUCCCACGGCCCAGGCGGGACGGGACGGGGGCGCCGGGGGCCAUGCGGGGCCAGGGCCGCAAGGAGAGUUUGUCCGAUUCCCGAGAUCUGGACGGAUCCUAUGACCAGCUUACAGGCCACCCUCCGGGGCCCACUAAAAAAGCGCUGAAGCAGCGGUUCCUCAAGCUGCUGCCUUGCUGCGGGCCCCAGGCCCUGCCCUCAGUCAGUGAAACAUUAGCAGUCCCAGCUUCCCUCCGCCCCCACAGACCCCGCCCGCUGGACCCAGACAGCGUGGAGGAUGAGUUUGAACUGUCCACGGUGUGUCACCGGCCAGAGGGUCUGGAGCAGCUGCAGGAGCAAACCAAAUUCACGCGCAAGGAAUUGCAGGUCCUGUACCGGGGCUUCAAGAAUGAGUGUCCCAGCGGAAUUGUCAAUGAGGAGAACUUCAAGCAGAUUUACUCUCAGUUCUUUCCUCAAGGAGACUCCAGCACAUAUGCCACUUUUCUCUUCAAUGCCUUUGACACCAACCAUGAUGGCUCUGUCAGUUUUGAGGACUUUGUGGCUGGUUUGUCGGUGAUUCUCCGGGGAACCAUAGACGACAGACUAAACUGGGCCUUUAACUUAUAUGACCUCAACAAGGAUGGCUGCAUCACCAAGGAGGAAAUGCUUGAUAUCAUGAAAUCCAUCUAUGACAUGAUGGGCAAGUAUACCUAUCCUGCACUCCGAGAGGAGGCCCCAAGGGAGCAUGUGGAGAGCUUCUUCCAGAAGAUGGACAGGAACAAGGAUGGCGUGGUGACCAUUGAGGAAUUCAUUGAGUCUUGCCAAAAGGACGAGAACAUCAUGAGGUCCAUGCAGCUCUUUGACAAUGUCAUCUAGCUCCCUAGGAAAGGGGGUCAGUUGUCCUGGGGAGACCAUACUCUAGCCCUAGUGCAGGUGGAACUAGCCCUCUCUUCCCAGGUCUGUCCUCAUCCUAGCCCAGCCCUGGGGGCUGUAGGAAUCUAAGAGCCUGGGGAUUCAGUGGUCCAGAUUGCUGGAGCUAAAGGGGCCAGGGCAUGGUUAGAAUGUAUCUGUGGGGUAUUCCCAACUCCCAACAGUUCCCACCCUCUUCCUGCCUGACACUCAGUGCUGAGGGUACCCCUGCUAUAGGAAAUAAGUGGUUCUCCACCUUCCAUCGCCACUUUAGAAACUACAACACUAGACAAAAUGUCUCCUGCUAUGGUGCUUUCCCUAUCCCUGACCUCAUAUGCAUUUCCUCUAAGAUUUCCUUCUCAGAGAGUCUGCUCUGUCCAUGCACUGACUGGCCUUUCAGACCCGGGCCUUUGAGAGCCUUGUAGGAGGGGGACAAGAAGGCCUGAGCCAAGUGGUUAGAUCAUAGAUGGCUGGGGUAGAGUUCAGAAAGGCCUGGAGAUUGUCAGUGACACCUUAAAGUCAUGCCAGACUAUAGCUCUGAGCUCCACAGGUUUGCCAUUCCAGGCUAUCAGAAUAUGCAUUUCAGGCCCUUCAGAAGACUCUUGUCUCCUUGGAAAUAUACCCCAGAAAUUUCCAUACUCUCCUCAGUAUUCCAGGAGAGCCUGGGAUCCUGAUGUUUGGCUCAUGCCUGGAAUUCCUUCCUCUCCUUACUUUCUGUUUGUGGGGGUGGAGGCAGCAGCAGGGGAAUAUGGGUGGGAGAUGUCCCAGCUGUAUCUGCCAAAGUUUUAGCCUUCCCUCCCUGAUGGCUACAACUUAAGUUUUCAUUUGCCAUUUCUUCUAGACUUGGAGGCAUGGAGUGAGUCAGGGACCAUCCAGUGGAUGCCUUAGAAGAAAGGGGAAGGAGGGAGGCAGGCAUAGCCUGCCUGUGAGGGGGCAUUCACUAGAAUCUUUGAUCUACCCAGGCUCUGUUCCCACACCCCACAUA